AUGUCGCACGCCAUCUCGACGACGCGCUCGCCGCUCUGCCGCGCGCUCCUCGCGGGCCGCGGACCUACGUCGUCGUCGCGCGCCGCGUCGUCGUCGUCUUCCUCGUCCCCGUCGCCGUCUCGCGUCGCGCCCCCAUCUUCGUCGUCGUCGUCGUCGUCGCGCGCGACCACGAUCGUCGUUCGCGCGGCGUUCGGAGGCAAGGGGAAGCGCCCGAAGCUUCCCCUCGACGUGGACGACGCGGUGAAAGGCGGCGUCGGCGGCGCCGUCCUCGGCGGCCUCCUCCUCGGCCCGUUCGGCGCGAUCCUCGGCGCCAACUUCGGCGCCAACCUCGGCGCGGACAAGCGGCGCGCGAAGCAAGAGGAAGCCGCGCUCCUCAAGCGCGGCAUCACGCGGGAGCUCCUCGACGCGGUGACGAACUGCGCGGAGUCGCUGCGCGACGCGGAGGAGGCGCUCGCGACGGCGAAGGAGUCGUACGCGCUCGCGCUGGAGGAAGCGAGCGCGCUGGACAGAGAAGCGAUCGAGCUGUACGAGAGAGCGUCGGAGGCGGUGGCUGCGGGCGCGGACGACGACGCGCGGCGAUUUCUCACCGCGCGCAAGAAGACGCUGGGGAGCUUAGAGGACGCGAAGGAUCGCGCGCGUUCCGCGUUGGAGCGCGUGAAUCGCGUGCAGGGGUCCGUGGAGACGCUCGCGACGCAGGCGAAGCGGUUGGAGGGGAUCCUGAGGGAUCAGAUGGCGGCGGCGGCGGAGACGAACGCGGCGGAGGCGGCGAGGAAGUUCGCGAGCGACGGCGACGCGUACGACGCCGCGAGCGGGUCGGCGACGGAGCUGGAGGAUCCGCUCGAGAGACGGUUCCGCGAGCUCGAGGGGAAGUGA